UCCGGCGACCCGUUACCCCGCCUCCUCGGGACGUCACGCGCGACCUUCGACCCCGGGCGGCGCGACUUUCGUCUUUCAAAUGGCGACCGUGGAGGAGUUGAGGAGCGCGGUGCGAGAAUCUCUGGAGCGGCGGGGCGUGCUGGCCGCGACCAGGGCCCGCUUGCGCGCGGAGGUGUUCACGAGCCUCGCGGAGCCUGAGACUGCGCGACCACCGCUGCCGCAUGAGAACCUCCUGCUCAACGAGCUCAUCCAUGAGUAUCUGAGCUACAACCAGUACAACUACACGGCCGGAGUGCUCGUCACCGAGGCAGGACAGCCAGAUACAAGACUGGAACGUGACUUUCUUGCACGGGAGCUGCAUGUGCUGGAGGAGCCAUCUGCACGCUCUGUCCCCCUGCUGUAUGGCAUGUUGGCUCAUUUUAUGUCACGGGGGGCAGGGGUCAAUGCAUCACAAGCUGUGCCCAUGCCAGGAGGCUCAAGGGGUUUGCAAAGGUCUCCCUCUCCAAGCCGAGUCCCACAAAAAAUAGCUACUGCUGGGGACACAGGUGUGGAGGAGCCUGCAAUGACACAGUUUGUGGUUCGUGGAGGUUACAGGUGAUGAGGGCUACUGUCCCCCGUAUGAAGUUCAUAUGUGUUGAAUGAAUAAAACAUUUUUGUACGUGCAUUAACAGUACAAUUCAAUGUCAGUGUAUUACAAAAUAAGUACAAUAAAAUUGAUAUUUAAUAAGGAAACCUCA